AUGGCUACCAUUAAUGGGAAUACUGACGCUGCUCAACCAAUCGUUGCUCCUACAAAACAGUCUCAUCCUCCUCCUAAGACCGUCGAUUCUAAAUCUGUUCUCAAAAGGUUGCAAUCUGAAUUGAUGUCUUUGAUGAUGAGUGGUGAAUCGGGUAUAUCUGCUUUUCCUGAGGAGGACAACAUAUUCUUAUGGAAAGGAACAAUAAAAGGAAGCAAAGAUACAGUUUUUGAAAACACAGAUUACAAGCUAUCACUUUCUUUUCCAACUGAUUAUCCUUUUAAGCCUCCUAAAGUUAAGUUUGAAACAACCUGUUUCCAUCCCAAUGUUGAUAUUCAAGGCAAUAUAUGUUUGGACAUACUUCAGGACAAAUGGUCCUCUGCCUAUGAUGUCAGAACAAUUCUACUAUCCAUUCAAAGUCUUCUUGGAGAGCCAAACAUUAGUUCACCUCUAAAUCCACAAGCAGCACAGCUUUGGAGCAAUCAAGAAGAUUACCGAAAGAUGGUGGUCAAGUUAUACAAUUCUCCAAGUGCUACUGCUUAA